AUGCCACGACGCAAGCCGAUCGAUUACGAGCGAGUUCGAGGCUCCAAAGCCUGCACAUUCUGCUCACGGCGCAAGAUGAAAUGCGAUGGCAAUGAUCCUUGCUCAGCUUGCCAAGGUCGCUUGAUCGAAUGCGUCUAUGUUCAAGGCAAGAAACGAGGUCCUCCUUCCAAGCUCGAACAGAGGCAAAAGUCGACCUCGACUUCAAUCGUCCGCGGCGCCUCUUCAACAACACCCUCAUCUUCUAGCAGCAGCAGCAGUGAUAACGCUUCCAACGAUGGUGCUGAGCAACACCCUCGACCCAUGGUCAAACGAGCCCGAGUCGAGCUGGACACGUUGGCACAUCAAUCUCGAGCCAGCUCUCCUCGACAGCACCCAUCAGGAUUCGAAGGUUAUGUUUGGUCAGCUUUGGCUCCAUCCAACCAAGGCGCAGACAGCACUUGCACAUCAAUCUCGCCUCAAAAGCUACAAUCGCUCUUGGCUUUGACGUCGCAAGCUCCUACGACAUCGACGCUCCCAAAUGUCCGGUGCUCGGGAAUGUCAGAUGGCAGCAGCCAGAUUGAGCUGAAAAACACCGGCAACAGCAGCUGCGAAAGUGCAAUCAGCGAGCUGAGCGAUGAGGUGAUCGAACAGCUUCUCACCGUCUAUCAGUCUUUCGUCCAUCUCCAUUGGCCCAUCAUCUAUCUUCCUUCGCUUAGCAGUUUACGUGUGCUUGCCGACACUCAUCCGCUUCUCUAUCAUGCUGUCCUCGCCGUAGCUGCUGGCACCCAGGACACGCUCAAUCUCAACGAAUCUACCUCGCUCGCUUCGACAUCAGCGCACGACUUUGCGUCCACCUCUUCACAAACCUCAUCGCAGCACGCACGCUCACCUACCGUAUGCCCUCCAGGGACUGCUGCCAGACUCGUCGGAUACCUCAAGCAGCACAUCAAGUCUCAAGGCCUCGCAAAGACCCUCGAGACCAUACAGGUGCUCAUCCUUCUUGCAUUGGUCGAGAUGGGCGGUGGCGAUACUUCGGAAGCUCAUGUUCACUCAAGCAUAGCCUGCGUUCUUGCCAUCGACCUCGGCCUUCAUCGCUCGCAGUCUAGCGUAGUCUCCGCUCAGCUAUACCGUGCUGAAGAGAAGCAGAGGGUUCUAUGGGGAUGCUAUGCCCUAGACAAGGUGCUUGCCGCAGCACUCGAGCGUCCGACCAUGCUCCGUAGCGAUGACAUCGAUAUUGACCUUCCAUCCACACAAGAAAGAGACGAGUAUGACGUCUUUGUCAACGAUCGCUCUCUCCACUUUGUUGCUUCGCAUCGCAUCUCAACCAUGACAGAUGUCAAGUGCAGAUGCAUCUCGUCCUUUAAUGCAUACUGCAGUCUCAUGAUGCUUCUUGAACGCAUCCUUGGUCGGGUCUACAGUCCCAAGGCAAGGCAAGAGCGCAAACGAGGUAACUUUGGCAACUACAAACAAUCAGUCAUCAAACUUGACGCUGCUCUUCGUCUCUGGCGCAAAGAACUGCCACACCAUCUCCAGUGGAGAUGCGACAAUGACUCUGAGCUCCUUUCACCACCCACGCUUACUGCACAGACUCGAAUCAGGAAUGUCGCAAGACCUAGGCCAUCACAAAGCACGCAGACGCUCCAGGACAAUGUGCCGCCGCAAGUCCUGACAGUGCGAGCAUGGUAUUCAGCUUGUAUGCUACUCCUCCAUCGUCCACGGCUACCUCUUGAUAUCGGUUCAAGCGUAUCAAGACGUCGUAUUGAUCUCGACAAUGUUCCUGCGGACUCUGGUGGAGCCGGCAAGGAAGCAAUGCUGUCCGACACUUGCGAUGCAUCAGAAGAAAGGCAGACUUCUGCGGCUUCGAAUGUCGACACCAUCGCGCAUCAGGUCGGCAAAACGGUCCUUGCCGUGCCUGCCUCAAAGUUGGUCAAAGCAGCUGCAACCGAGAUCUGCUACCUGCUUCCAAAGUACCAAGCAACCUUCAGUGUACGUCGCAUUCCAUCAUCAUGGGUCUAUCUCAUCUUCCAGAGCGCUAUCAUUCACUCUAGCUUCAUCGAGGACUCCGAUGCAAGUUCAGACAAUUCCGAGGGGGAGGAUCCCAUUGGCGCUCGCAACACAUCCGAAAUCAGACGCAGGCAUGGUGAAAGCGAGAGUGAGCGUCUCUUCCGUCAAUGCAUUCGAAAUCUAGACCAGAUGGCAUUGACAUGGCGCGGAGCAAGUCAUCACGUAGCUACUUUGCGACGAGUAGCAGAGUCUUGCCGCAUCACUCGUCCUUCCACACCUGUACUGGGUCCAGCAGCUCUCAUCGACCUAUCACCUACAGCCGGUCUGGCUCCAUUGACACCUCACCUGCUCGGCACGCCUGCUGCUUCUGGUACUGGUGCAAUAGCUGCUUGGGGAUCGAACACACACUUUUCAGAGCCCAUGAAUAGCGUAGACACUGUUCCCAACCUCGAUUGGUCCAGCUUUUGGAGUCGAAUGCCUUCUUCCAGUGAAGACGUAUGGCUAUGGCAGCAAUUCAUCGACUCUUUUGGGAACAGCAUCUCAUGA